AUUGGUCAACACUGAAAGGCCUGUCACUGCCUCUCUGAUGUCGGACCGCCCACAGGAUCGAGGACAAAAACAAUCGGCAUCUCGCCGUCCUCAGUAAAACAUAAACAAGAGGACUCAAACGAAUCAGUGUAUCCUUUUUAAGCGGCACGGGCAGCACCGAAGGAGAAAUGGUUUCUCCAGUAACAGUGGUCAAGAGCGAAGGCCCUAAAUUGGUGCCAUUCUUCAAAGCAACCUGUGUAUACUUUGUCCUGUGGCUGCCCACCUCAAGCCCAUCUUGGUUCAGCGCCUUGAUCAAAUGCCUGCCCAUCUUCUGCCUGUGGGUGUUUUUGCUGGCUCAUGGCUUCACCUUUCUCUGUGCUCACUCCAGUGCCCGCAAGAUCUUGGCUGGUCUAAUCUUUUCUGCUCUGGGUGAUGCUUUUCUCAUCUGGCAGGAGCAGGGCUACUUUGUCCAUGGCCUUCUGAUGUUUGCCAUUACCCAUAUACUCUACUCUUCUGCUUUUGGGAUGAAGCCCAUUAAUGUGCGUGCUGGGCUGGUGAUCACUGCUGUAUCCUUUCUGUGCUAUAUCCUGCUGUACCCCUACCUCUCUGGCCCCUUCACCUACUUGGUGGCCGUCUACAUCGCCCUAAUUGGUUUCAUGGGCUGGAGGGCCAUCGCAGGUUUGCAGCUGGCGAAUGACCUGUGGACCUGGACCAAGUUGUCUGCCUGCCUGGGUGCCGUGCUCUUCAUGGUCUCCGACCUCACCAUUGCAGUCAACAAGUUCUGCUUCCCUGUGCCCCAUUCGCGAGCCAUCAUCAUGGCCACCUACUACGCUGCCCAGAUGCUCAUAGCACUGUCAGCUGUUGAGUGCCAGGACGUGGAGGUGGCCAGGAAGAGAACAUGAGUUGCAGCAGUCUCCAAACCAUGUGAUUAUGGACACAUCUCACUGCCAGGUUCCCAGCCCCCAGCCUUCAUCUCAGUGUGGUGCUCAAACACCGCUGGGCCACUACAGCCUUUACAUCACCCUUCUGACCCAUUAGCGUUGUAAUCUCACAUGUGUCCUCUAACCAAGAAGAUACAGUAGUAUUAUCUUCUGCCUCACCCAACAACAGUCCUACCUGCCUCCUCUAAAGAUAGAAUGGCUUUCAAACUAGUUACAAAGGUGAUAAGUGCAGUAAUAUUAACCUGCUAUGUAGAGAGUAUUACAUACUUUUAACUGGCUAAUGGAAGCAUGUCACUGGGCACCUUCAAGGAGUGUGUAUGGGAGAGCAAUGGGGUCUGUGUGCGUUGAUGUAUUUGAUUUUUACCUCGCUUCGCACACAGUCCUUUCACACACCUCACACUCCCAGCACAGACGUAUGCUUUAUGUUGUCCAGCAUUACUAUUUAACAUUUAGUUUGUUAUUUGUUGUUGUUAAAAAGGGAGGGUUUUUUUUUUUUUAAUACCGACAUAUACAUAUUUUUUCCAUUCUCUGUUGCUCUGUGUUCCCCUUAAUUAAGGGUGCUAUUCUAAAAGCUUGUCCAAACCUGUUUUCGUUAUCUGCGAUCCCCUUGAUAUUAUUUAUAACAAUCCUGCCCCUCUACACUUUCAUAAGUCAUCAUCAACGUAUUUUUUAAAGUAUUUUUUCUUCUAUGAUGUCCUCGAAUAACUAGAUGCACAGCUUAAAAAAUGAUAAAAAGUAAACCAAUAAGGCUGAAAUUCAGGGAGGGAAAUUUGGGUGUCAACAAACCAGUGUGUACUGUAAGUUUCAUGACUGAACAUUUACGUUGGAUGGGGAAGAAGUUUAGCUUUCUCCUGAGAUUCACACUGCUGUCAGUGUCCCACUGUCACAAAGAGAACACACUAAAUACUAUAGUCACAGCAGACUACUGCACACAUUAUUACUUGCUGUGUAGUGUGCACCUGCUUCUCCUUUUGGUGUUAAGUCCACCAGGAAUUUGUUUUCCCCACCAGCAGCUUUUUAAGAAACGCAGGUGCAGAUGUUACCACGUACACACACCUGACACCCACAGCUCCUGCUGUGUUAGUUAUUGGAAAAAGUUCAUGGGGAUCUUAUUGCUAGAAUGGAUCAGCUGACAUGCGCUUAUUUGGCCUAAUAGCAAUGUUAUGAAGACUGAAAAGAAGGGCUAUGUUACAGGAUGGAAUCUUUUUGUUUAUCAACUCUGUGUGUGUCUCUCAGGGCCCUGGGAAAGGGCUCACUCGCUCAUAAUGAAAUGCACACAUACAUGCACAAAAGUGUGCGCUUUGUCCUUAAGGCAGCCAAAACGAACUGAAAAACCAAAAUGGAAAAAAAUAGGGAAGACAAGGGAACUGGCAUGUCAUGUGAGGAAACAGUUAUCCCAUUAUUCCCAAUAAUUCCCUCUCACAGGACACUUCAUCAGCUUUAAUCCUGCAAAAUCCGCCACAGCUAAUCCCUAACAGGCUGGCUCCUAUUUUGUCUUUCAUCUCUUACAUAUUUCUGCUUCUCACCUCUCGUUUGUUUUGUCCCCUGCAAUUUUUUAUUUAUUUUAAAACUAGGUGUCUUACUGAAUAUUUAAGAAUUACACUGCAACUUUUUCUUCAGAUGUCUACACUUGCACGUGUUUUUGAGCGUCUGCAUAUGUGUGAGAGUGCGUACACUGCUUUUUUUUUUUUUUUUUUUUUCUUAGCUGUUGCUUAAACAUCUGUGUGUUCUUGUGGCAAAUCAGAACCAACUCAAGGCCCGAAAUGCUGUGAACCAACAGAGUUUCUAUGAAGUACACACACUACUGGGUAUUUUUAUUGUAUUAUCACAAUGCUCUUAAAACCAUCUUCAUGCCCAUCGCCUCUUCAGAACUGCAGCUUUGUAACAGACUGCAGAUCUACUGUCAGUUAAGAACUUUAGGCUAGUGUUUUAAUAGUGACAAUUUCCAUUGCUGGACAUGCCUCCUGUUUAUAUGCUGGUGGAG